GCUCGGACCCUCCUCCCAGCGCAGCGAGCUCCUUCUUGCCCAACGACCUACGACGACGCCGACGCCGACGACCGUGAUGUACUCCAACGACCCGACGUACCCUUUGUUCCCCACCUUCGCCUUCUUGGGCUUCGUCCUCAGCCUCGUCCCUCUGCCUUGGCAUAUCCAGGCAUGGAACUCGGGCACCUGCGCGUAUAUGCUCUGGACCGCGACCGCCUGCCUCAUCUCCUUCGUGAACUCGGUCGUCUGGAGGGGCAACGCGCUCAACAUCGCGCCCAUUUGGUGCGACAUUUCUUCCAAACUCCUGCUCGGCGUCAGCAUUGGCAUCCCCGCAUCGGGCCUUUGUAUUUCGCGCCGGCUGUACAAGAUCUCUUCCAUGCGCUCCGUCUCCAUCACACGUCAGGACAAAAUCCGCGCCAUUUGCAUCGACAUCUCCAUUGCAGUGGGAAUCCCCAUCCUCGUUAUGAUCCUUCAUGUUAUUGUCCAGCCUCACCGCUUCGACAUCCUUGAGGACGUCGGGUGUUAUGCCGCCAUCUACAUCACGCUUCCGGCGUACUUCCUAUUCUUCAUGUGGCCUCUUGUGCUUGGCGCGUUCUCCUUUGUCUUCUCUGCCCUUUGUCUGCGCGCCUUCUACAUCCGCCGCCUUCAGUUCGCGCAGAUCCUGGCCCACAACAAGUCCCUCGAUACCAGCCGGUACAUGCGUCUCAUGCUUCUCGCCAUCCUCGAUAUGUGCUGCACCAUCCCCCUCGGAGCGCUCAGCAUCUACCUCAGCAGCCACGGCAUCAAGCUCUCGCCGUGGAUCUCGUGGGCGGACACCCACUACGACUUCGGCCGCGUCGAGCAGGUGCCCUCCAUCAUCUGGCGAUCGGACGCGACAUACAGGAGCUCAGUCGAGCUGACGCGCUGGCUCCCGGUUGUCUGUGCCUUCCUGUUCUUCGCGUUGUUCGGUUUUGCCAAUGAGGCGAAGAAGUUCUACUCCGAGAAGUACGCGGUCGUGGCUAAGAAGGUCGCGCCGGUGCUGCCUUCGAGCGAGAAGCUCAAGGCGUUCAAGCUUGCGCAUCCCAAGUGGGACAACAAGGAUGUCAAGAAUGUACCUGGUGGUCUCCCUGUGUACAUGCCGAAGGGCGGCAGCGACGUGUUCCCUGCGCGCAAGAUGAAGGACACCUUCGACUCCUCGACCGCCGCCGACAGCAGCAUGUCCUUCGACCCCGAGAAGGGUGUCCCUCUCCCGUCCUCGCCCGCCACCACAGCGCCACCUGACUACGACUACCCGGGCAACAACGACUACUCGGGUGACGACAUCAUCAGUCACUACCCAGGCGACGGCAACAACUCCCUUCCCGUGCACGUCAUCCCUCCUUCGCCGCAGUCCUCCGGCUCAGGCUCCUCACCGUCUUCCUCGCGCCGUUCGUCGACAGAGAUUGAGCACCGCGAGUUCUCCUUCCAGCGCCUCCCCUCGCGCAGCAUCCUCGCCGGCCCCUCAACGAGCUCGAUGCACAGCCAGUCGAUCUCAUCCUUCCGCGAGGACGUGAUGUCCUCCCUCCACGCGCACACCGCGUCGUCCUUUAAAACCGCGCCCUCUUCUCAUAGCGCCACAUCACCUGCGGUCCCCACGCUGCAGAACGUCCCCCCGCGCACGUCGUCCUACCGCCCGCCGCAGCAUUCGCGCUCGCAGAGCUCGCUGCACAGCCUCGCGACGACGCUCGCCUCGACGGCGUCCGGCCGCGACGUGAUCUACAUCUACGACGCGUACGACAGCUCGCCGUCGUUCGAGCACGCGACGUAUGAGCAGCUGCCGGAGCACGAGACGCCGCCGUUCUCGAACCUGGCACCUGUGGCCGACGAGCAGCGUCGGUCACGCCGGCCGGCGACGCCGCUACCACCGUUGUUCACUGCCCGCCGCGAGCGCUCGCCAUCGUCGGUGCGGGUGACGGUGCGCACGGAGCGCGAUGAGGAGGGGUCAUAGGCGAUCCCACCCGGUGACGACCCCUAGACCUUGACGCGCCUCCCUCUUUGACGCUUCGCCUGCUAUGCCUCCCUCGAACGCCCACCU